CACGUUGUUGGUGGAGCUGUCAGCCCCAUUCUGCACCAUUGUUUCCCUAGGCAGCCGGAAGAGCUGUCCUGCCUUGUAUGCAAUUGUGUAGAUGCGACAAUUGCCGGGUAGGCAAAAAUCCAUUUGAGCACCGACAACACGGGCUACGGGUCUCUACAUUGUAAGUCUUAGAUUGUGUGUGUGCUCUUCGCCGAAAACGUUUCAGCCACACAUGUAAUUUAUCAGAGAAGGCGACAUUUGCGAUUGAGAUUGAAUGCGCUGCUCUCAAGAAACAUGAUUGUCUAACAGUAUGAAUGAAAAUUACAAGAUAACUACAUUUUGUCUGUAAGGUGUGUGAUGGCUACUGUACAGCAAGGUGGCCACGUUCUGAUGUGUGAAUCGAUGGGCAGGCCUGGCUCCUGGUGAAUUUAAUGAUUCGAUCUUAAAUUGCUUCAAGCUAAAAAAAAUAUUGCAUACAUUUUAAAGGGGAUGUUUGGAGUCAGUGGGGGGGGGGGGGGGGGUUGUGUUAAUUGGUUGUCAGUGGUGUGGCUGGCAGGAUCUGGCGGGAGCGUGUCGUGCCUGUGAAGCGGCAGUUCGGGGUUUGAGUGUGGCAGCCCGUCUCGUUAUCUGGCUCUGCCUCCUUUGUUGCGGCUCAACCAAUCCCUUUUAACAACAGCAAGAGGAGGCAGCUGUGUGCGGUGCGGAUGACUGCCAUGAGUGGGAUACUAAAGAGGAAGUUUGAGGAGGUGGAGGCCGCUGCCUCCCCGUGCACGUCGCUGCGCGGCUCCGAGGAGGACGAUGAAGUGUCCAGCAGCGAGAGUGGGGACAGCAGGGACAGCCUCAACCCGUCGGCGUCCCGCUUUUCCCCCGCCUCCAUCCUGAAGCGGGAGAAGCGCAUGAGGACACGGCGGGUUCACUUCGAGACGGUGACCGUCUACUACUUCAGCCGGCGGCAGGGCUUCACCAGCGUGCCCAGCCAGGGGGGCAGCACCCUGGGCAUGUCCAGCAGGCACAGCUGCGUGCGCCAGUACACCCUGGGUGAAUACGCCCUGGAGCAGGAGCGCAUCCACCGCGACAUGCUCAGGGACCACCUGAAGGAGGAGAAGCUCAACUCCAUCAAGCUGCGGCUGACAAACAACGGUUCAGCGGAGUCUGAAGAGGCCAGUGCACUGACACUGGACGAUAUCUCGGACGACGACCUGGACCUGGACAACACGGAGGUGGACGAGUACUUCUUCCUGCAGCCGCUGACCACCAAGAAGCGCCGGGCGCUGCUGCGGUCGUCGGGCGUGAAGAAGAUCGACGUGGAGGAGAAGCACGAGCUGCGCGCCAUCCGUGUCUCCAGGGAGGACUGCGGCUGCGACUGCAGGGUCUUCUGCGACCCAGAGACCUGCGCCUGCAGCAUGGCGGGGAUCAAGUGCCAGGUGGAUCGCAUGUCCUUCCCCUGCGGCUGCACCAAGGAGGGCUGCAGCAACGCCACGGGCCGCAUCGAGUUCAACCCCAUCCGCGUGCGCACCCACUUCUUACACACCAUCAUGAAGCUGGAGCUGGAGAAGAGCCGUGAGCAGCAACAACAGCAGCAGCAGCAACCGCAACAGACGGCGCAGCAGCAGGGUUACCACGGCGAGGGCAACGGCCACUGCAGCGCCCUGGUUCAGACGCAGCACGGCCUUGAGUACUCCCUGUCCGAGUCCGCCCAGCAGACGGCCAUCAUGCACUUACAGGCCGCCGAGGAAAUAGACGAAGGGCUGGAGGAUGAGGAAGAAGAGGAGGAGGAGGAUGAUGAAGAGGAGGACGAAGAUGAGAAUGAGGAAGAUGAUGAGGAGGAAGAGUCAGAGAACAGCAGCUUGUGCAGCGGCCUGUCCGACUCCAGCACACAGAGCCUCGCCGCCAGUGACUCAGAGGAGGAGGAGGAUGAGGAUGAAGAGGAGGACGAUGAGGAUGAGGAGGAGGAAGAGGAGGAGGCGAAGCCGGAAGACUUCCAGAAUGGGCUGAGCAGCACCAAUGCAACCAACACUACCGCCACCGCCACCAACACCACCGCCGCCAACACCACCACCAACAACAACAACUUCAAUGCUAAUGCCAACAGCAACACUAACUCCAACACCACCACGCCUGUCACUCAUCUGGAAGCUCAAUGCUACACAAACGGCACCACGGCGCAGGAUAGCCACACUACUGGCAACGCAUACUUCCUGAGCCCCGCAGCGGAUUACUAUCAGAUGGAGAGCGCUGCAGUGACAAAAGCUCCAGCCAAUCAGGAGGCCUACCAAGAAUCGCCCGCAUUCCAGGACAGGAUCACCAACGGCAACGGGGUGCAGUACACAGACUACACGCCGCAGUCGGACGAGCCGUACGCCAACAACCGCCGGCUCACCACGCUGUCCAACGGGGCCUCCUCCACAGUCAUCUCCUGCUGUGCCUCAGAGCAGGACAAAAGCCCUCCAGUCAAAGCAGCUUUCGGCGACCAGUCAGGACAGCUCAUGCAGAUGGACUUUCAGAACUACCUGAACAAUAACGGACAUGACCACUACGCCACGAACGGAACCUGCUUUGGGCCGGAGCCACUCAGCUCGGAGGUUGCGCACAGUCUGCCGGAGGUGCCAGAGCUACCAGACACCACCAAGGGACCUCCUUUGCUAGAGAGUCUUCAGGAGGUGACCCCAGUUUAGUAGACACGGUCAGUUUUAGAAUGGCUUUCAUUGAUAUAUAUAUAUAUAUAUAUAUCGUUUCAUAGGGAUGUCAGAAUUUAUGAACAUUCGUUUUCGCUUGUUCGACAGGUAACAAGCAAAUAACUUGCACAUUGAUACUUUGGUUUGAAACACUUAUGCCCAUAUUGCGCGAUGGGCAGUGGGUCUAUAAAUAUAAAAUAUACGACUUUUCAACGACCCAGGGAAAACUGGCAAAGAAGUGAAAGCUGCAAAAUGAAAGCACUCAAGAAAAACUGUAAGCUUUAGGCCCGUGCAAUGUAAUUUCAGAAGUAAAAGUUCUAGUUUUCAGCUGAUAUUGUGGGUAGAACUUUUCUAUGUCUGUGUGUCGAUAGUGCAAAAAAAAAAAGAUUGUCGCAGUUUAAUAUGGUCUGAAGUAUGUGUAUACUUAUAAUUGUUUUGAUAAAGCAUGUCAUUUUUUUAGCUUUUUGUUGGCAAAUGUUGUUUUUGUAUUAAAAAACUGCAUUAAUGUACCGCUUUAAAAAAUCACGCCGUUACAUAUGUAAAUCAUGCUUUAAGUGCGUAUGUAAAAGCAUGACACUACGCUCUGAAAAUGUAACCUUUCCACCUUGUGUUACUGAACAUACCAAACACACACAAAAAAAAAAAACGCAAAACAAAAGAGUAAACUCAUCGUACAUAAAUUGCACUUUCGAACGGGAGACAGACGCCAUUACUGAUCUUGAAAACAUAUCUGAGGGUUUGAUCAGAGUGUGACUUCAUUUUAUUCCCUUUUUGUUGUGCCAUCUAUUUGUUUUGUUGCGCUUUAAGCCCGUGAGCUCAAAGGAAGUACUAGGCUUGGGAACAGUGUCGUCGAAGACAUGAGAGUGCCGAGGUGGAAUUACUUGAUGGUGUAUACAGGGAUUUCCUCUCAAAUGCACUUUGAAAUGCGUCUAAUUUAACCUCGUGUCAAUUCAGAAUUAUAAUAGUAUUGUAAAGCAGAGAAACUGUGAAGCAAAUUGUAUGUGAACAAAGAACUGCAGGAGGUUAAGAAGGAGGACGCUGCUUCAGGUUAGAGGUUUAGAAUACAAUAAAGAGUAGGAUAGGCUACAAAUUAUGAGAGUUACCUCUGUGUGAAAUGAUAUUGAAAAUGAUUUCAACAGUAAAUAUAAUAUCUGAGUUUAUUCACAGUUUAACAACAGGUCCUGUAUCGAGACAGAGGGUUUCUGUUAACACUAAUCAGAACGUGAAGUGCAAUAGAGUGUGGGAGGAAAAGCAUAUGGGCCCCGAAACGAAGGCAUUUGAGGUCACAGAUGCAGCCAUCACAGAGCAUCUGUGCAGUUUAUGAAGCGAAAUGCUCCACUAUGCAUCUCGUUUGGUUCUCAUCUCAAUCACAUCUCAUCUCCCCUCCUCAACAGUGGUGGCUCAUUUAGACAAUAGUCUCUUGAUAGGCUCUCAAGACUGGACAAUCAAAUGCUCUCUCUCCGGCUCUGCAGAUCACUACAAAACAAACAGAGCCACUAUCGAGUAACAGUGUCGUGACAAAUACCUACUGUAGCUAUACUCAUCUGGAAAUAAUUACAUUUUUUUUUCAUAAAAAAAAAGAAAAGAAAAGAAGGUUUUUACGAUAACUACGUUUACGUCACUCAUUACAUCAUAGUAAGGUGUUGUGUUCUGCAUUGAAAAGGGAAUUAUUGUGUGUUUCCUUCUAGAUGAUUGCCUUGACUGCAGUACAGUAGCACAUUAAGAACAGAAUGCCUUGCUUUUUCUUCUUCUUCUUCUGUUGCUCCGUCAACUCGGUUUGCUGUUAUUUGCCGCUUGACUGAAACUCCUGUGUGUUCUUCAGGCUUUCCAUUGCCUCCGCAGCAGCAUCAGCGUUUGAGUGUAUGAUAUUGUAUAGCUAUCAGGCACACAGUGCCUGGGGGUUUGCUUAGUGCCAAAGCCUUCUAGCACAGGCUACACACUCAUUGACAUCGUAUCCAAGUUAGUAACUCUGCUGUGUUUGUUUGUUUUUGGUAUUUAUUAUGAAUGAUCCAACGAAAUGUGUAUUUAUUGUGGUUUACUGAAACUGUAUGUAAUUGAAUAAAAAACAUUUCUUUCUUAAA